AUGAUGCUGCCAUCACCCAACAGUACUCUCUCUCCUUUGCAGGCGGCGACGUUCACUCACCCCGGUCAGCAGGCGGCGACGUUCACUCCCCAGGUCAGCAGGCGGCGACGUUCACUCCCCCGGUCAGCAGGCGGCGAUGUUCACUCCCCCGGUCAGCAGGCGGCGACGUUCACUCCCCCGGUCAGCAGGCGGCGACAGCAGACGGCGACGUUCACUCCCCCGGUCGGGAGGCAGGGACGUUCACUCCCCCCGAUCAGCAGAGGGCGACGUUCGCUCUACCUGGUCAGCAGGCGACGAGUGAAUUCAGAUGGCAUUCACUCGCUGCCUGCCGAACAAGAGGAGUGGAUGUCACCACCUGCUGAUCGGGGAGAGCUGCGACCUUCACUCCCCCAAUCAGCAGGCGACGACAUCCACUCCCCCUCCGACCGGGGGAGAGGUCAUCGCAGAACUGCAGAACGGAGGGAGAAGACGUCGCCGACCGCUUACCGGGGAGAGUGGACGUCGCCGACUGCCGACCGCGGGGAGCGGCGACACCCGCUCCCCCCGGUCGGCAGACGCGACGUCCGCUCCCCCGGUCAGCAGGCGGCGACGACCGCCCCCCCCCGGUCGGCAGGCAGCGACGACCGCUGCCCCCGGUCGGCAGGCAGCGACGUCCACCGUCCACUCCCCCGGUCGGCAGGCGUCGACGUCCAGGCACAGCACCAGCAGCCACCUGAGGAAAGACAGAGCAGAGACACAACAACAACAACAACAACAGCAGAGGGCGACGUUCACUCCCCCCGGUCGGCAGGCUGCGACGUUCACUCCCCCGAUCAGCAGGCGGCGACAUCCACUCCUCCUCCGACCGGGGACAGAGGACGUCGCAGAACUGCAGAACGGAGGGAGAAGACGUCGUCGACCGCAAACCGGGGGAGCGGAUGUUGCCGCCUGCUGAUCGGGGGGACAGAGGGCGGCAUCCACUCCCCCCAGUCGGCAGGCGGCAACGUCCGCUCCCCCCGGUCGGCAGGCGGCAACGUCCGCUCCCCCCGGUCGGCAGGCGGCAACGUCCGCUCCCCCCGGUCGGCAGGCGGCAAUGCGGCGACGUUCACUCACCCCGGUCAGCAGGCGGCGACGUUCACUCCCCCCGGUCAGCAGGCGGCGACGUUCACUCCCCCGGUCAGCAGGCGGCAGGCGGCGUUCACUCCCGGUCAGCAGGCGACGUUCACUCCCCCGGUCAGCAGGCGGCGACAGCAGACGGCGACGUUCACUCCCCCGGUCGGGAGGCAGGGACGUUCACUCCCCCCGAUCAGCAGAGGGCGACGUUCGCUCUACCUGAGGAGUGGAUGUCACCACCUGCUGAUCGGGGAGAGUGAAGGACGCUGCCCCCCGAUGGGGGAGGCCGCCUCUGCUCCCAGCGGACAGCAGAGGCGGCGUUCACUCCCCGUCGACAGGCUGCGACCUUCACUCCCCCAAUCAGCAGGGCGACAUCCACUCCCCUCCGACCGGGGAGAGGUCAUCGCAGAGAACUGCAGAACGGAGGGAGAAGACGUCGCCGACCGCUUACCGGGGAGAGUGGACGUCGCCGACUGCCGACCGCGGGGAGUGAACGUCGCAAGGGCGACAUUCACUUCGGCAGAAGGCAACGGUCCCUCCCCCGGCUGGCAGGCGGCGACACCCGCUCCCCCCGGUCGGCAGACGCGACGUCCGCUCCCCCGGUCAGCAGGAGGCGGCCGCCCCCGGUCGGCAGGCAGCGACGACCGCUGCCCCCGGUCGGCAGGCAGCGACGUCCACCGUCCACUCCCCCGGUCGGCAGGCGUCGACGUCCAGGCACAGCACCAGCAGCCACCUGAGGAAAGACAGAGCAGAGACACAACAACAACAACAACAACAGGUGGCAUUCACUCGCUGCCUGCCGAACAAGAGGAGUGGAUGUCACCACGGUCGCUGCCUCGACGGGGAGGAAGGCGCCUCUGCUCCCCGCGACAGCAGAGGGCGACGUUCACUCUCCCGGUCGGCAGGCUGCACUCCCCGAUCAGCAGGCGGCGACAUCCACUCCCUCCGACCGGGACAGAGGGCGCAGAACUGCAGAACGGAGGAGAAGGCGUCGCCGACCGCCGCCUCUGCUGUCAGCAGGGCGAGCUCACUCCGCAGCGGCGAGUGAACUUUCGCCACCUGAUUCGCGAGCGUCCACUCCCUUCUUGCAGGCGGGCGGGAUCCACUCCCCUCAGUCGGCAGCGCGCGUCCGCUCCCCGGUCAGCAGGCGGCGACGCUCCCCGUCGGCAGGCGGUCGCCUCCCGGUCGGCAGGCGGUAACGCUCCCCGGUCGGCAGGCGGCAACGCCCGCCUCCCCGUCGGUCGGCAGGCGUCGGCGUCCCAGGCGGUAACGCGCACCAGCAGCCGUCGGCAGACGGGGUGUGAACGUCGCCACCUGAUCGCCAGCGGGAGUGAACGUCGCCACCUGAUCGCCAGCGGGAGUGCGGCGAUUCUCACCGUCAGCAGGCGGCGCACGCUCACCCCGUCAGCAGGCGGCGUUCACUCCCAGUCAGCAGGCGGCGACAGCACUUUAACGCAGCCUCCCCCGGUGCAGGGAGGCUGCCACGCGAUUGUCCCGAUCAGCACAGGGGGCAGGAGUGGAUGUCACCACCUGCUGAUCGGGAAGAGUGAAGGACGCUGCCUCCCGACGGGGGGAGUGAAGGCCGCCCUCUGCUCCCCGCGGACAGCAGAGGGCGACGUUCACUCUCCCCGGUCGGCAGGCUGCGACCUUCACUCCCCCAAUCAGCAAGCGGCGACAUCCACUCCCCCUCCGACCGGGGGAGAGGUCAUCGCAGAACUGCAGAACGGAGGGAGAAGACGUCGCCGACCGCUUACCGGGGAGAGUGGACGUCGCCGACUGCCGACCGCGGGGAGUGAACGUCGCAAGGGCGACAUUCACUUCGGCAGAAGGCAACGGUCCCUCCCCCGGCUUGCAGGCGGCGACACCCGCUCCCCCCGGUCGGCAGACGCGACGUCCGCUCCCCCGGUCAGCAGGCGGGCCGCCCGCCGUCGGCAGGCGGCGACGCCGCUGCCCCGGUCGGCAGGCAGCGUCCACCUCCCACUCCCAGCGGAGGCCGCCAGGCACAGCACCAGCAGCCACCUGAGGAAAGACAGAGCACACAACAACAACAACAACAACAGGAGUGGAUGUCACCACCUGCUGAUCGGGGAGAGUGAAGGACGCUGCCUCCCGACGGGGGGAGUGAAGGCCGCCCUCUGCUCCCCGCGGACAGCAGAGGGCGACGUUCACUCCCCCCGGUCGGCAGGCUGCGACGUUCACUCCCCCGAUCAGCAGGCGGCGACAUCCACUCCCCCUCCGACCGGGGACAGAGGACGUCGCAGAACUGCAGAACGGAGGGAGAAGACGUCGUCGACCGCAAACCGGGGGAGCGGAUGUUGCCGCCUGCUGAUCGGGGGGACAGAGGGCGGCAUCCACUCCCCCCAGUCGGCAGGCGGCAACGUCCGCUCCCCCCGGUCGGCAGGCGGCAACGUCCGCUCCCCCCGGUCGGCAGGCGGCAACGUCCGCUCCCCCCGGUCGGCAGGCGGCAACGUCCGCUCCCCCCGGUCGGCAGGCGGCAACGUCCGCUCCCCCCGGUCGGCAGGCGGCAAUGCGGUGACGUUCACUCACCCCGGUCAGCAGGCGGCGACAGCAGACGGCGAUGUUCACUCCCCCUGGUCAGCAGGCGGCGACGUUCACUCCCCCGGUCAGCAGGCGGCGACGUUCACUCCCCCGGUCAGCAGGCGGCGACGUUCACUCCCCCGGUCAGCAGGCGGCGACAGGAGGCAGCGCGUUCACUCCCCCGGUCGGGAGGCAGGGACGUUCACUCCCCCCGAUCAGCAGAGGGCGACGUUCGCUCUACCUGGUCAGCAGAGGAGUGGAUGUCACCACCUGCUGAUCGGGAAGAGUGAAGGACGCUGCCUCCCGACGGGGGGAGUGAAGGCCGCCCUCUGCUCCCCGCGGACAGCAGAGGGCGACGUUCACUCUCCCCGGUCGGCAGGCUGCGACCUUCACUCCCCCAAUCAGCAAGCGGCGACAUCCACUCCCCCUCCGACCGGGGGAGAGGUCAUCGCAGAACUGCAGAACGGAGGGAGAAGGAGUGGACGUCGCCGACUGCCGACCGCGGGGAGUGAACGUCGCAAGGGCGACAUUCACUUCGGCAGAAGGCAACGGUCCCUCCCCCGGCUGGCAGGCGGCGACACCCGCUCCCCCCGGUCGGCAGACGCGACGUCCGCUCCCCCGGUCAGCAGGCGGCGACGACCGCCCCCCCCCCGGUCGGCAGGCAGCGACGACCGCUGCCCCCGGUCGGCAGGCAGCGACGUCCACCGUCCACUCCCCCGGUCGGCAGGCGUCGACGUCCAGGCACAGCACCAGCAGCCACCUGAGGAAAGACAGAGCAGAGACACAACAACAACAACAACAGCAGAGGGCGACGUUCACUCCCCCCGGUCGGCAGGCUGCGACGUUCACUCCCCCGAUCAGCAGGCGGCGACAUCCACUCCCCCUCCGACCGGGGACAGAGGACGUCGCAGAACUGCAGAACGGAGGGAGAAGACGUCGUCGACCGCAAACCGGGGGAGCGGAUGUUGCCGCCUGCUGAUCGGGGGGAGUGAACGUCGCCCUCUGCUUUCCCCGAGGGCGGCAUCCACUCCCCCCAGUCGGCAGGCGGCAACGUCCGCUCCCCCCGGUCGGCAGGCGGCAACGUCCGCUCCCCCCGGUCGGCAGGCGGCGUGUGAACGUCGCCACCUGAUCGCCAGCGGGAGUGAACAUCCCCACCUAUUAUUGAUGGCAUUCACUCGCUGCCUGCCGAACAAGAAGAGUGGAUGUCACCACCUGCUGAUCGGGGAGAGUGAAGGACGCUGCCCCCCGAUGGGGGGAGUGAAGGCCGCCCUCUGCUCCCCGCGGACAGCAGAGGCGGCGUUCACUCCCCGGUCGGCAGGCUGCGACCUUCACUCCCCAAUCAGCAGGCGGCGACAUCCACUCCCUCCGACCGGGGAGAGCAGAGGCGGCGUUCACCGCCCGGGUCAGCAGGCGACAGUGAACCCGCCACCUGAUCUGCGGGCGGCGACGUACCUCCCCGAUCAGCAGACAGGCGGCAUCCACUCCCCAACAGUCGGCAGGCAGGCGACGUCCAGCUCCCGGGUCGGCAGGCAGAGACACAGGUCCGCUCCCCGGUCGGCAGGCGAGGCGGCGACGUUAACUCACCCCGGUCAGCAGGCGGCACCGUUCACUCCCCCGGUCAGCAGGCGGCGACGUUCACUCCCCCGGUCAGCAGGCGGCGACGUUCACUCCCCCGGUCAGCAGGCGGCGACGUUCACUCCCCCGGUCAGCAGGCGGCGACGUCACUCCCCCGGUCAGCAGGCGGCGACAGCAGACGGCGACGUUCACUCCCCCGGUCGGGAGGCAGGGACGUUCACUCCCCCCGAUCAGCAGAGGGCGACGUUCGCUCUACCUGGUCAGCAGGCGACGAGUGAAUUCAGAUGCAGAGGGCGACGUUCACUCUCCCCGGUCGGCAGGCUGCGACCUUCACUCCCCCAAUCAGCAAGCGGCGACAUCCACUCCCCCUCCGACCGGGGGAGAGGUCAUCGCAGAACUGCAGAACGGAGGGAGAAGACGUCGCCGACCGCUUACCGGGGAGAGUGGACGUCGCCGACUGCCGACCGCGGGGAGUGAACGUCGCAAGGGCGACAUUCACUUCGGCAGAAGGCAACGGUCCCUCCCCCGGCUUGCAGGCGGCGACACCCGCUCCCCCCGGUCGGCAGACGCGACGUCCGCUCCCCCGGUCAGCAGGAGGCGACGACCGCCCCCCCCCGGUCGGCAGGCAGCGACGACCGCUGCCCCCGGUCGGCAGGCAGCGACGUCCACCGUCCACUCCCCCGGUCGGCAGGC